CGUGCUCAUCCCAACCCCAACGUCAGCCGCUUCCCCGUCGAAGUCUGCGAGAACAUCAUCGACAUGCUUUACUCGUUGUUCUUCGUGGACCGAGUUGCAAAUUCUCGCGCCCUGCAUCGCUGCGCCCUCGUGUGCAGAGCCUGGCGUGUCCGCUCCCAGCGUAAUCUUUUCUACUCGGUUGUUCUCCACGACCUUCCAGCACUCCAGAAGUUCUCCGCUGUCCUCGACAACGCGCCCCAUCUGUGCGAGUAUGUCUACGAAGUAACACUCGUCGGGCGCACCCUUCACACCACAGCCAGUCCUCUCUCGCUCUUACCCAUCGUCCUCCGUGGGAAGCUACCUAAGCUCCAAGAGGUCACUAUAAAUCGUUUUCGCGAAGACGCCAAGUCGUACCCUACAACGUCCAAAUCGGGUACCAUGAAGCCCCUACAAUAUCUUCCUCUUCAUCCACGCUUCGCGGUCUACUUCUCUGCAUUCACGACGGUUUCUCGACUCUGUAUCGUUAAUCUUACAUUCGUGCACUUCAACGAUCUUUCCAGAAUGAUUAAUUCCCUUCCGGCAUUACGAACACUUGUUUGCAGCCAUGUG